AUGGCUGAUGCUGUGCAGGAUGCUGGGUCUCCCGGGCGGAUGAUAACCACCCGCUCCCCAGCCAAGGCUCCAGCUCACCAUGCUGAAAUUCAGACGGUAUUUGAUCACGAAGCUGAGCGCAAUCUACAGGUGCCAGCCAGGAGCUGCCAGUGUGAGCUGGAGCGUGGCCUGCAGCAGACCACUGGCCACGGGCUGGGCUCUGCCCUCCACAGCCCUGACCUGCUGUGGGAGGAUGACUCCCCUCAGGGGCAGAGGGAAGCCAAGCCAGCCCCUGCUUCGACUGAGGAUGCUUUCAGAAUGCAUCUGUACUUCAGACCAGAGACCCCUUUGGAAAGCAGCCCAGAGGAGUACUGGGUGCAGCAGCCUGAAGAGAACAGCGGGAAGGUGAAAGCCCAUCUGGCACCCACAGCACUGAAACCCCAGCUUCCAGGCCUGGAAAAAGCAGCCAGAGAAAGUCCUUCUCCAGGCCUUCCCGGGAGGGUCACCACAGUUUCGGCAGAAGCUGUCACCAGCAAGUUCAUCAUCUUUGCAAACAGGCUGAGCACAGAGAAGCAGAGGGAAAUGUCCCCACCUGGAAUGGUGCAGGUGGAGGUACAGAGCCAGACUCAGCCUCGAGCUGUGGGUUCUCCCCACCCUGAGUUGGACACCUCAUUUACACAGCCCGUCCCAAACUCAGCUCAACAUCUGCAGGCAGGGGAUUUUUACAAAACAGACCUGGAGACAGGAUUUUUCCCAAGCUGGACAGAAGCCUUUAAGGGCAAGGAGGUAACAGCUGGAGAAAGUCAGCAGGCCAGAGGAGUCACCCCUCAAGGGAAGACGUGCAAGCCCAAGACUGACAUAGUUUUCCUGAAAGUCCACAAGAGCGCCAGCAGCACCGUCAUGAACAUCCUGUUCCGCUUUGGGGAGAUGCACAACCUCACCUUCGCCUUCCCCCAAGGCGGGGGCUUCCAGCUCUACUACCCACACCACUUCCUGGCCAGGUUCGUGCAGGGCUUCUCCCCACUCAGCCCUCAGCGCUUCAACAUCCUCUGCCACCACAUGCGAUUCCUGCUGCCGGAGGUAUGGGCAGCAGAGCAAGCGAGUGGGUCCCUUCUUCCUACCCCACCUUUAAACCCUCCUUUCUCUCCUCCACAGGUGCAGAAAGUGGUGCCCAGCUCUGCUGUCUACUUCUCCAUCCUGAGGAACCCCGUGCAGCUGAUGGAGUCCUCCUUCGCGUACUACAGGGGAGCGUCGGCCUUCUCGCGCGUCCGCAGCCUGGAGGAGUUCCUCAGCCAGCCCCACCGCUACUACGACCCCACCAGCGGCGACCGACACUACUCCAGGAACCUCAUGACCUUCGAUUUCGGCUUCAACCCCGACGGAGAGGUGUCCCCUGAGCGAGUGCAGCUCAUGCUGAAGGCCAUCGAGGCGUCCUUUAACUUUCUGCUCAUCUCCGAGUACUUUGACGAGUCCAUGGUGCUGCUGAAGGAGAUGCUGUGCUGGGACCUGGACAGCGUCGUCUCCUUCCCGCUCAACACCAGGGACAGCAGCACCAAGUCGCCCCUCCCGGACUCCGUCGUGGAGAAGAUAAAGGCCUGGAACAGGCUGGACUGGGAAAUCUACACCCACUUUAACAGGACCUUCUGGGAGAGGAUCGACCGGGACAUCGGGCGGGAGCGCCUGCGGCGUGAGGUGAGGGCGCUGAGGGAGCGGCAGGCGGAGCUGGCCCGGGCCUGUCUGCAGGGCACGGGCAGCGUGGCCCCCAAGGACAUCAAGGACUCUUCCCUGCGGCCGCUGCAGCACGGCGGGGCCAGGAUCCUGGGCUAUAACCUCAAGCAGGGCUUGGAUGGGGAGCUGGAGCGGACCUGCCGGCGGCUGGUGACGCCGGAGCUGCAGUACAGCAGCCUCCUCUACAAGAAGCAGUUCCCCCCGCCGCCCCCCGAGACCGCCCUGCCCCCUGCCUCCUCCCGGCUGGAGCCCACCCGAGACUGA